AUAAAAUUAUGAUGGGUAUAGAUAGAGUGAAUGCAAAUAGGCUUUUUCCACUGAGGCAAGGGGAGAGAAAAACCAGAGGACAUGGGUUUAGGGUGAGGGGGGAAAAGUUUAAAGGGAACAUUAGGGGCGGCUUCUUCACACAGAGAGUGGUGGGAGUAUGGAAUGAGCUGCCAGACAAGGUGGUAAAUGCGGGUUCUUUUUUUAACAUUUAAGAAUAAAUUGGAUAGAUACAUGGAUGGGAGGUGUAUGGAGGGAUAUGGUCUGUAUGCAGGUUAGUGGGACUAGGCAGAAAAUGGUUCGGCACAGCCAAGAAGGGCCAAAAGGCCUGUUUCUGUGCUGUGGUUUCUAUGGUUUCUAUGGAAAGGAACACGCUUGGUGGCAACUUUAUUAGUAUUUCCUCUACCAAACAAAGUGGUCACUGAGUGGAUGCUUUUCUGUUGCGGUAGCCCAUCCACUUUAAGGUUCGCCAGGUUAUGCGUUAGGAGAUGCUCUUCUGCACACCACUGUUGUAAUGCGUUAAGACAGUAACUCAAGUAACUAACAAGAGAAAAUCUGCAGAUGCUGGAAAUCCAAGCAACAUACACAAAAUACUGGAGGAACUCAGCAGGCCAGGUAGCAACUGGGUCCUGCCAAAGGGUCUCAGCCUGAAACAUUGACUGUACUCUUUCCCAUAGAGUACAGUCUGGCCUGCUGAGUUCCAUCAGAGUUUAUGUGAGUAACUCAAAUAACUGUUGCCUUCCUGAUAGCAUAUAUCAGCUAUUGUUGAAUGAAAUCUUGAAGCAGGCUUGAAGAGCCAGGUACCCUCCUCUGGUUUCUAGCAUUGUUGGGCAUUUCUGCAGAGACUGAUUGUAAAGGACAGCCUGUUAGCAUCUGCUUCCUGUGGUAGUUUGCCCAAAUAGUCAUUAUGUGCAAGCACCAAGCAAGCAAAUAAGUUUAUUGAUAGCAGUGGAUAGAUGUUGCAACCAGGCCCUUUCUGUACUUGGAUACUGACACGUGUUGUAAUUUAGAGUAAAGAUUCUCCUAACUGCAAAUCUCACCCUUCCCCAUUCCACUGGACACUUUCUGAAUCCCCUAGCGUCAGUUUAGUUUUGUACACUAUCUGCAAUUAGCACAAGAAUUUACAUUUAUAUAUCAAUUGCAAUGCAGAAAAUAUGUUCCAAGCUUUUUGGGAAGUGUACGAGGAGGAAUAAUUCAAAGCAGGCUUAAGGAGACAAAAAUUUUGGCAGGACUUAAAAUAGAGAGGGAGGUGAAGAGCUCGUAGGCUUAAGCAAGAAUUUCAGAGUAUGCUGAUAUGGCAUUGUUCCCAAUUGUGCCCGAAGGAAGCGACUUUCACAAAAGGUCACCAGUGAAGAAGCAACAUUUAUCAAGGGUGGAAGUUGCAAAAGGAUGGAGAGAGAUGGAAUGCAGUGAUAGUACACUGGUGUGAUAGAUAGGGAAGGGAUGAUUUAUAAAAACACCAGUAAGAACACUGUGUGAAGGUGAAGAGGUUGGGGACUUGUAAUGACGUGGCAUUAUCAACUUAUCCCUUGCUGAAAACCAUCCAUACCAGUCUAAUGUAGAACAUUCUUGAAUGUUCCAAUGCCUUCAUCUGAUUACUUUGCCUGGAUCAGAGUCUGAAGAUUAAAGAUUAAAGGGGAGUUGCUGUAAACGCAAGCAACUUUGGGCGGCCAUAGGCCAUGGCAACAGCAAGAAACAUAGAGUCAUUGGCACCCCCACUUUCCCUGGAAUCGUUGGCACAGCAAGCGAAUGUAACCCAGGUUCAAGAUGGUAGGUUAUCAUCUAUAAGCAUUGAACCAGAGGAUGGGGGCUUCAAGGAGAAAUUUGUACUGAUCGUGGAAAACAAGUACAAGUGUGGACAUUGCUGUCUUCCACUCUGUAAUCCGAAGCAGACCGAGUGUGGCCACAGAUUCUGUGGAAGCUGUAUACAAAAAAUUCUUGGGAAUCCAAAUUCUGUGUGCCCACUUGAUAACGAGCCUUUAUAUGAGAAAGCGGUUUUUAAGGACAUCUGCUGUAAAAAAGAAAUUCUAGCACUUCAAAUCUAUUGUAGGAAUGAAAUAAAUGGAUGCAAGAAACAGCUACCUCUAGGAAAGCUUGAGGCUCACUUACAUGAAUGUCCUUAUCAGGAAGUUCGAUGUGCUCGCAGGGGAUGCACAGAAAAGGUUCAGAGGAAGGAUUUAGCUGACCAUUUAAAUUCAACUUGUACAUAUCGGGAGCAAGCCUGUAAAUACUGCAAGAAAAAAAUAACGAUUGCAGAGUUAAAGAAACAUGAAGAUUUUGACUGUCCUGCAUUCCCAGUCCUAUGCCCUAAUAAGUGCAAUACUUUUAUUCUGAGAGGAGAGUUAAAUAACCACCAGUUACAGUGUCUCAAUGUGACGAUGUCCUGUCCUUUCUCUCAGUAUGGAUGCAAUUACCAGGGAAACAACCAAGAAAUGAAAGUGCAUGAAGCUAGUACAAUGGCCCAGCAUUUAAAAUACGUGCUGCUGAAGAACGAACAUCUUGAAAAAACGGUCUUGGAUCUUCAGAACAAGUUGCAAGAAAAGUGUAAAAUGGUUGAUAUCAUGUCAGCCCAGAUAAGCCACUUGGAGAAAGAACAAAGUAAAUUUGCACAGCUCGCAAGUAAGAACGAAAGUCGACUUGGCCACAUGCAGAAAAUGUUGGCCAGUCAGACAGAUAAGCUGAUGAAUAUUGACCAAACAUCACAACAGACAUACCAAAGGCAGGAAGAGAGUGCUCGAGAUGCCAAAAUUCUGAGAGAAUCUAUAGACCACCUGCAGACCCGAAUUAGACAACUGGAGUUCCCCUACAGAACUGCUGGACCAGGCUCAGGAGCUGCUAGCUUGACUGAAUUAAGUAACCAGCUAAAGAGGUUUGACAGUUUACUGAGUGUUCAUGAUGUGAGGCUGGCAGAUAUGGACCUACGCUUUCAACUCUUAGAAACCGUCAGCUACAAUGGUAAACUGAUUUGGAAGAUUCGAGACUACAGGCGGCGGAAGCAGGAGGCUGUUAGUGGAAAAACGUUAUCCUUGUAUAGCCAGCCAUUUUACACGGGAUAUUUUGGAUACAAAAUGUGUGCUCGAGUUUAUCUCAAUGGAGAUGGUAUGGGCAAAGGAACCCACUUGUCGCUGUUUUUUGUCAUCAUGCGAGGAGAAUAUGAUGCACUAUUACCUUGGCCUUUUAAACAGAAAGUAACGUUGAUGCUGUUAGACCAAGGACAGGCCAAUCGCCAUUUGGGGGAUGCCUUUAAGCCAGACCCCAACAGCAGUAGUUUUAAGCAGCCAGUAGGAGAAAUGAAUAUUGCUUCAGGCUGCCCUCUUUUUGUUGCACAGACUGUAUUGGAAAGUGGAACAUAUAUUAAAGAUGACACUAUCUUCAUUAAAGUAGUCGUUGAUACUUCAGACAUGCCAGACCCAUGACCCCAACAAUGUAUCAACCACAGGAAGAAUAGUUUGCAAGACCGGGUCCACACUGGUGAAAUACAGCUUUGUUGGUUUCUCAACAGCAGGACAUUCCUCACAGUUGGUCGCCAAAUGCUAGAACGGAUCACCUGACCUUCUGAAAGCCAAUGGCCUUUACCUCUCACGAGGAAGGAGGUUCUGCGAGAGCAACACUGAUAACUUUCUGGUAGUUAGUGGCGAUUGUUCAAUCUGUGGGGUACUUCAGGAGUGCUGUAGAGUACAUGAUUUGCUGAAGUAUUGUCUGAAAGCAUUGUCUAUCCAAUUCAUGAUGGAAAUGCAAGGCUUUGUAAUAACAACUUGUAUUUAUAUUAGCACCUUUAACAGAUUAAAACCUCCGAAGGUGUUUCUCAAGAAUGUUUAUCAAGCUGCAUUUGACUCUGGUCACGUAUUAGGGUACAUGACCAAAAGAUUGGUCAAAAUUAUUUUCAUUGUUAGCAUUACAAUCUGAGUUUCAAUGCUGUGGCCAAAACGUGCUCCACAUUCUUUUUUUUUCCUUUCUUCAUAUGAAUUCAGAUGAGUUGUAAUGAAGGGAAUCUCAAAAGUUGCAACAGGAUUGACUCUAGGUCACUAUCAGUAAAACCCCCAGCUGCAGAUCCAGCAUUGCUGAUGUGGUUUUGGAGGGUGUGGUGACAGGAGGGAAGUUUGCAAGGUGUGAUUGAGAUAAGCAGGUUCCUCCUGUUUCAUGAAAUUACUCCUACAAUUACUCCUAAAGAAAGACUUCAAAUUAAAUGGAAAAUGUAAAAGUAUUUAUUUUCUAUUAUGAUGACAUCAUUUUUUAGUAUAAUACUUAAAAUGGGUUAUCCAGUGUGUUUUUUUUUUCAUUCUCAUCAGAGUUUUCUUGGGUAAAAGUAACUGAAAGUUGAGUGAAAAAGAUUUGCAUUUAAAGCAUGGUUUUCACAACUUAAAGAUUUUUAGAGUUCAUGGAAUACAUUUGACUUAAAGUCACUGUUGCAAUGUAGAAAACGGGGCAGCUAACUUGCCCAGGAAGUUGCCACAAACAAAAGAGCGAUAAUGAUCAGAUAAUUAAUUUGUGUGUAAUAAUUAAUUGAGGGAAAGGCCAGAAUGCCAUGCUCUUUUGGAAAAAGUGUGGAAGGAUUUUUGUAUACCCAUGUGAGAGAGAAAACAGAGGCUCUUGGCAUUGCCUUAUUCAAAAUACAGCACUGAGGUGCCAGCCUAGGGUUUUGCGCUCAACUCUAUGGAAUGGAACAUAAUUUCUGAUUAAUGCUGAACAGCUCUCACCAGCUCAGCCACAGCAGAAAUGCAGUGAUCUAAUUUCUCACUUGGUUUGACAUCAGUUUGAGAAACUAUUUAUAAGUUUUCUUUCCCUCUUUGAUAAAUUAUUUAUGGCCUCUCCCGUGUCCAAACUACUGAAAGCUCUCCAUGAAGAAACCCAAACGUGAGGUUAUUUCCUUUACUUGUGCAUCCUUUUUUUCUCCCCCCUAAAAAAAUGCUCUUGAUGGGGAUGUAUGCGACCAGGGUACUACUUCCUGAAGGAGUUGUAUUGGUUGCAAAUGAAAGAAGAUUGAAACGAUGAGGUCUAUUUUCAUCAGAAAAUAGAAAUAUUCAAUAAUGCAGAGCUCCUGUAUAGUUUGUAUUAAAGUAAAAUCAGCUGAUUAUGAAGUUGCAUAUUCAACUUCGAUUGUUUUCAAAUGUAUAACUAAAACUGUACAUGCAUUCAUCUCUGACCCACUAGUAUUUAAUGGCGCAGCAUGUUCAGACCAAGUUUCAAUAAAGUGACUAAUUCCCCUGAGGUCUAGAUGAAUAACCAUACUCACUGUUACAGUACAAUGCCGUCAAACCAGGAAGGUUCUCAGAUCAGUCCUUGCUCAGUGCCAUAUUACGGAAACAGAACUGCAUGGCAAUUGGUUGUGGUACUUUGAAAGGUUACAAUAUGGAUCCAAUGGAAAGUAUGAAUGUGCACACUGCAAUGGGGGCUCUCCCUGUGAGUUAGCCUGCUGAAUUGCCUUGACCAGGGCUUCACAAAGAUUAAGCAACUGAGUACAACAAGCAUAUUACGAUAAUUAUUAAGAGUUAUUAUCUUUACUGAAGGAAAAAACUUUUUAAAAAGUCUUUUAUUAUCCUCAGUAGGUUUCAGCACAAAUUGAUAAACGGUGGGAAAUGGCCGAAGCAGAAGGGUUUGUCUCAUUCAAUGCUAUGCUGAAAAUUCGGCAGUUUAUAAAAUGAGCAUCAACGUUUGUUUCUAUAUUUCUUCCGAUCUUAUGGUUGGCAGUGGUGUUUUGUGAAUAGGAACUGUUUAAUGAUUGUAUCUUGGUCAGGUUUGUUUAAAGUAUAGCUUAUAGAUAGUUAUAAGAAGCUAGAGAUGAGUUUAAUUAUUGGGAUGAUUCUCAAAACGAGGGUUGGCUGUGAAAACUGCAGGUAUCAUUCCAGUUCAAAAAUUGAUAAUUGGAUUUCUUCCGACAUGAUUUCAUUGAUUGGCCUUAUUUGGGUAAAUAUUUAAAUAUAUUUGAUAUAAGUUACCCACAAUAACAAAUGACUGCAUUUCUCAAUGCAAAUUUACGACUGAGCUGAGAAAUUAUCACUGGUUUGUAAAAGAGGAUUUGAUUAUGUUCAGAAGUUCAUAUCCUGAUUAUAGGGAAAGAAGUGAUAGGUUUUUGGUAGUGCUCUAAUGUUAUUUUUGUUGUGAAAGAGUUGUUUUCAUAAGUGUUAACUUGUUACCAUCAUUUUCCAAGGAUUAAUAAGUAAAGUAACUUUCUACAUACACCUUCUAAAGCUGCCUCCCUUAUCCAGGUGGCUAACUGGUAGAUGAUGAAAAUCUGAGUUACGAAUCUGCUGCUAAAAGGGGAAAAAAAAGCAAAGUGAGUAAACGGCUUAAUUGUUGAAAGUAUGAGAAGCUACAAAUGAAUGCUGGCACAGUGAACCAGCGUAGGGGUGGAUAGUGAAACGGUGAAAGGCUGUCAGAACUAUCAUUGCAUUGUUCUCCUGAAUACUUUAUGCAAGAAUUCUAUAAAACACAAUCACUUCAAGCCAACAUCCUGUUCAAUGGUUAGAUUUAAAUUAUUAGAAAUUGUUAUUGCAAUGUUUACCUUAUAACUAUUGUAACCUCAAUUCGUGUUUUCAUUUUGUGAAAAUUAUAUUAUUUAAUGACUGGCAAGUCUGGAUGGCUGAGUGUGAUUAAGUGCACGUGUGUGUAUUGUGUAUGCUUCUGCGUGUGUGCGUGUUUUUUUUAAUUAUUCACAGUGGCUAGUCACCAGUGAAGUUACCUUUUUUUUUGUAAGAGCUAUUUUCAGUGUCUUUGUUGAAGCCUUGUUUUCUGUGAUGUUUUUGUCAUCAGUAACAAUAAGAUAAUCUGUUUGACAAUCCACGGGAUGUUUGUUCCAUUCUGGAAAAAUGCCAUUUCAAUAAAUACAG